UUGGGUUGGGAGUGGCGGCUGGGAUGGACUCGGACGACGAGGCGGUCGCCGCCGUGGAGCGGGCGGGAGAGGCGGUGCGGAAGCGCGCGUCGUCGUACGGCCAGCCGGCGACGCGGGACGCGGCGCUCGGGGUUGGGUUCGGCGCGCGUAGCGUCGUCGACGACGCCUCCGUGGGGCGCCAGUACGGCGGCGACGACUCGUACUACGAGCACCACCAGCACUGUCGCCAGAGCGAGCCGGCUUACUUCGCCGGGGUUGGCGGCGUGGGCGGCGGCGCGGUGGCGCUGGAGCGGGCAGUGUCGGAGGGCGGAGGGUGGGGUGCCGGCAGGGGAAGGGCGUUGCCGGAGUUCGUUGGCGAGGGCGGGGGCAAGGGCGUCUUCCGCGUGCCGCUCCGCGCGGCCAUGCACCCGGGCCGCCCGCCGCCGCUCGAGGUGCGGCCCCACCCGCUGCGGGAGACGCAGGUGGGCUCCUUCCUCCGGACGCUGGCGUGCGAGCCGCGGCGCCGGCAGCUCUGGGCGGGCUCCGAGUCCGGCGUCCGCGUGUGGGGGCUCGACGAGGUGUUCGUCGGGUGCGGCGCCGGGGCGCGCCGCGGCGACGAGGAGAGCGCGCCCUUCAGGGAGUCCGCGCCCGUGCAUCCCGUGCUCUGCAUCGAGGUGGACGGCGCGAACGGGCUGGUGUGGACGGGCCACAAGGAUGGGGGGAUCAGGUCGUGGCGCAUGGACCUCGCCGCGGCGGCGCCAGGCGACGGCGGCGGCGACGAUGCACUGUUGUUCGAGGAGGCCCUGACGUGGCAGGCAUACAGCCGUACGCCCGUGCUCUCCAUGGUCAUCACAUCUUACGGUGAAAUAUGGUCAGGAUCCGAAGGGGGUGUUAUAAAGGCAUGGCCCUGGGACGUCAUUGCUAACUCCCUCUCACUAACACCAGAAGAAAAACAUACGGCUGCUUUACGGAUUGAAAGGUCAUAUAUUGACCUUAGGAACAAUGCAACAGCUGGCAACAUAUCUUCGUUCCCUGCUGCUGAUGUGAAACACAUGCUUGCUGACCAUUCCCUGGCAAAAGUUUGGACUUUAACUAGCAUGGCAUUUGCUGUUUGGGAUGCGAGAACGAGGGAGCUGUUAAAAGUUUUUGACAUGGACGGCCAAGUUGAAUCAGCUCGGCUAGAGGCACCCAUGAUGCCAGAACAAUUUAUAGAGGAAGAAAUCAGAGCAAAACCCAUGAAGAAGGACAAACCGCAGAGCUCUUUCACAUUUUUCCAGAAAUCAAGGAAUGCCCUGAUGGGAGCAGCUGGUGCAGUGCGCAGAGUUGCUACAAAAGGGACAUUUGUUGAAGAUAACCGCCGAAUAGAAACAGUGGCUCAAACAAUGAAUGGAACGGUUUGGUCAGGCUGCACAGAUGGUUUUAUCAUUCUGUGGGAUGGAAAUGGGAGUCGACUACAUGAAUUCCAGCAUCAUUGUUCUUCUGUUCAGUGCAUGAAGGCACUUGGAGAAAGGGUGUGGGUGGGCUAUGCCAGUGGCAUUAUUCAAGUCAUGGAUGUUGAAGGUAACCUUCUGGCAGAAUGGACUGGGCAUAGCUGUCCAGUCAUAGAAAUGGCUAUUGGUGGUUCUUAUGUCUUUACUCUUGCUCAUCAUGGUGGUAUUCGUGGAUGGCCUCUAGCAUCCCCUGGCCCUCUAGACGAUAUUCUGCGAACUGAAUUGUCAAACAGGGAGUUGUCGUAUAGAAGACUAGAGAACAUUAAAAUGCUUGUUGGUACUUGGAAUGUUGGUCAGGAGAAAGCAUCUUAUGAAUCACUUUUUUCAUGGUUGGGUGGUGCAUUUUCUGAUGUUGACUUGGUGGUGGUUGGCCUACAAGAGGUCGAGAUGGGUGCUGGCGUUCUUGCCAUGGCUGCAGCGAAAGAAAGCGUAGGGCUUGAGGGCAGUGCUAAUGGUCAAUGGUGGAUAGAGAAUAUUGGCAAGACCCUUGAUGAGGGGAUAUCCUUCCACCGAGUUGGUUCAAGGCAGCUGGCUGGAUUACUUAUUGCUGCAUGGGCAAGGAAGGACCUUAAGCCUCAUGUUGGUGAUGUUGAUGCCGCUGCAGUGCCAUGUGGUUUUGGGCGUGCUAUUGGCAACAAGGGUGGUGUCGGGUUAAGAAUUAGAGUCUAUGAUCGCAGGAUCUGUUUUGUGAACAAUCAUUUUGCUGCACAUCUAGAAAAUGUUAGCCGUCGUAAUGCUGACUUUGAUCAUAUCUAUCGAACAAUGACUUUCAAUAAACCUCAUGGAUCUGCAGCUUCUGCUACAUCUGUUCAACUGCAUAAAACCGUGAACGCCAAUGGUAAUCAGGUUGACGAAGAUAUGCCUGAGAUGGCAGAAGCUGAUAUGGUUGUAUUUCUUGGUGAUUUCAACUACCGACUUUAUGGUAUCACCUAUGAUGAAGCAAGAGACAUGGUCUCUCAAAGGAGUUUCGACUGGCUUAGAGAAAGGGACCAACUUCAAGCAGAAAUGAAGUCAGGAAAAGUUUUUCAAGGAAUGCGUGAAGGUUUGAUCAGAUUUCCUCCGACUUACAAAUUCCAGAGACACCUACCAGGUCUUGCAGGAUAUGACUCGGGUGAGAAGAAGAGAAUACCUGCUUGGUGUGACAGAAUAUUGUAUCGAGAUAGCCGUGGUGUAUUAACAGCAGAAUGCUCAUUAGAAUGCCCUGUUGUUGCUAAAAUUACGUCAUAUGAAGCUUGCAUGGAUGUCACAGAUAGUGAUCAUAAACCAGUGAGGUGUGCAUUUAGUGUUGAUAUUGCAAGGGUGGAUGAGUUUAUAAGAAGGCAGGAGUAUGGAAAAAUACUCGAAUCUGACAAAAGAUUACGCAAUUUACUACCGGAGUCCCAUUUUGUUCCAGACACUAUAAUCAGCACAAAUAACAUAAUUUUGGAAAAUCAAGAACAAGUUGUCCUUCGGAUAACUAAUGAUUGUCAAAGAGACAAGGCUGCUUUUGAAAUCCUGUGUGAAAGCCAGUCAAUCACCAAGCAGGAUGGAACUAAAUCUGAGUUUCCUCCAAGGGCAUCCUUUGGCUUGCCACUUUGGCUUGAGGUUGAACCGUCAGCUGGUCUCAUUGAACCUGGGGAAACAAUGGAAGUUACUGUGCACCAUGAAGACUUCUACACCAAAGAAGUAUUUGUCAAUGGAGUACUGCAAAAUAGUUGGUGUGAAGUCACCAGAGAUAAGGAGGCUGUUCUUUUGGUCAAUGUAACAGGUAGCACCUCAACUGAAACCAUUACACACAGGAUCAAUGUCAGGCAUUGCUGCUCAGUGAUUUCUGCGCCCCCGCCCAUGGAUCCAUUGUAUAUUACAACCCCGUCCAUUGAUGCUCUAACGGGAGAAGUGUCUACAAGUUCCAAGAAGAACCCAUCGAAUUAUUUGCAACGCUCUGAUUUUAAGCAGUUCGGCAGCUCAGAGGUGCAUGACUUGUGCCCUUUGUGAAACGUGUAAAAAAUAGUCUUUUUUUUGGUUGAGUUCUGUAUAGGAAUUGAAUCUUAGAUUACUUAGCGAAGGGAGAAGGGCUCAAAUGUUAAUUCUGUACAUAUUCACCACUGACUUCUCGCCAUUCAUUGCAUAACAGAAGAAAGGAAAUGAGUGCGUAGUCACAAAAUAUAUACUGUAGUUUUUUUUCCUCAUCUUUUUUUUUUUUCAAUUUCUUUUGACAGAGGGCACAUGGUGCUACACAGAAUUCUUUAGAGGUAGAAUACAGAAAAAGUUAUUGCGAGUCUUUUUCUUUCAGAAGUUGUUGAGAGUUGUGACUGAUCAACAUUACAAUUUUACUUCAGUGAAUCAUUCCGGGUCUUCGUUUACUUCAUUUUGCAGCAAUGGUAAUUGUGAUUUGU